GUUGCGUCUGAAAAAUCGUUUUGGAAGUAUAACUUCAGAAUGAAAAUUUUCGUGUCAGUAGUCCUGUGCAUUGCGGUUGUUGCGGCCCUUAUUGGAAGCAUUGUUGCUAGUGAGGUCGAGCCAUUGACUGACGAUAAUGCUGCCAUUCCCAGAGCACCGGCCGGAAACAGACUUGCUACUGAUGGAUACACGCCGUUUUCGGGACAGUUUCCGUUCCAUGCAUAUUUAGAAGUUGCAAUAGUAAAUUUCAGUUCUAUUGUUUGUGCAGGAGGGCUGAUAACGCCCAGUUAUAUUCUGGCAGUGGCAAGGGGUUGCUUAAAAGUCAGUGAUACACAAAUUAUACGCUACGGCACUGCCGCAUUGGCCUACAGAAACUAUCCUUGGGAGCAGCGCAUCAACUUCUCGGCGAACGCAAUCCGUCUUCAUCCGACCGAAGAUAUUGCAUUGACUCGUUUGGAUUACCCGGUCACCUUAAACAAAUAUGUGCAGCCAAUUCGGUUACCCAAACUGUCUGAUUCACGCACAUAUGUAAAUAUGGAGGGUACUACCGUCGGAUCGUAUAGAUAUUUGCGCAACCGGGUGAUGUCCAAUGCACAGUGUACCGAAGAGCAUCCUUACUUCAACGCCACGGAUGCGCAUAUAUGUACGGAUCGCUACAUCGGAGGCGCAUUUUGCGGAGAUAGUCUAGGAUCUCCAUUGACGAUUGAAGAUGGAAAUGGUGUGGUAUUGAUCGGAUUAGCGAAUAAGAUUUAUUAUUGCGAGUAUAACUAUCCUACUGGUUACGCUCGCGUCUCAUCAUUCCGCAAUUGGAUUCAAAGUAAUUCAGACUACUAUUUUGACUACUAGAAACGCGCCUUAAGCCAUUCAAAUUGUGCGUGUGUUGAAAAGGAAUAAACUUUGGAAAGAAAAAAUAAUAUUGUUUGUUAUUUGCAUUCAACAGUGUACUAAGUACAAUUUUGUUCAAUUGAUAAUAAAGACCUGGGCGUUCUGCUUGA